UCCAGGAAGACUGAGAAAUAUGGGAGGAGAGGGAGGGGAAGAAAACGCUUGGAAAAUAGAGAACUGUGUGAAUUCUUGCAUAGGGGGGACGUCACAGCCUGACCACGGCGAGCAGAAGUAGAAAUAGGAUCAUACCUACACCGUAAAGUUGAAUCUGAAACAUCAAAACAUAAUACACACCACCAAACGGACAAAGUUCAUGUCUAAAAGUCUCAAGAAUAAUCGCGUCGUAAUAUUUGUGCGUCGUGACCAUCGCUGGGAUAAAAGGCCCGCGCUUUGAAAACAAGGGGCUGUUUAUGGUUUCUUCCCCCUCUCUCUCUCCGACAAAUCGGCGGAGGUUUUGCGCACAACCGGGAGGCGCCGCUGACUGACGGCAGGAGAGAAUGAAAGUUUGCCAGGCGGGCGGAACAAUCGACGUGAACGCUUCUUGUUUUUGACGUCGGGAUCGCGCAAUUCAAUCUGAUACGCGUUUUAGAGACUUCUGGGCAUUCGUUAGGCGAGCAGUGAGAUCGAAAUCCAGUCAGAAAUCCUGUUUAAGGCGUGUGCGUGGGUUGCGCCGAACAUGAAGGUUGUGGCAUAUUGACGCGGACAUCACGAGCGCUGCUGUUCGGGAGAAACUUCUACCUUUCUGUCCUCGUAUUUCUGAUUAUACUGCUCGUAAAUAUAAAAAUCGAGUGUUUUUCACUGCGGUACGUUUGGUUUAGUUUACGCAGUGCUGCCAGAAUGAGUGUAGAGAGGGAGCGCGGUGUGACACAUCUGAUCGGAUCCAAGCGGCACUUCAAGCUCAUGUAAAUGUGGCUAUGAAAUCUAUAGGAUUAUAGGCUAAACCUCAAGCAUUUAACAUCUAUACACGCUCGCGAGGCUCUCGGACGUCGUCUGCGUACGUUCGUAUGAAGAACAGGACCACUUGGCCCUGAAGAACUUGUUAUUAAAAUAUUUUUAUGGGCAGAAAUCCUGCAGCUGCUUUCGCACGCUGUUGAAGUGGCGGCGGUGGGGACGAGACAAAUGUUUCUCCGGGAAGCUUGCAAGUUUUUAUCAGCCGUCCGUUGAAAUAGACAUUGUGAGAGGCAAAUCGCAAUAAAAGUACGGAGUACGUGUUUUUUAAUCGUCGCUAGCUUCAGGAACUGCUCCGAAAAUGUCCGAAAACGCACCUACGCGGAGUCUGGAUGACAUCGACCUGGCCGCCCUGCGGGACCCAGCAGGAAUCUUCGAGCUGGUGGAGGUCGUGGGCAAUGGCACCUAUGGACAGGUUUAUAAGGGUCGUCAUGUUAAGACAGGUCAGCUGGCUGCCAUAAAGGUCAUGGAUGUGACUGAAGAAGAGGAGGAGGAAAUUAAAGCAGAGAUUAACAUGCUGAAGAAAUACAGUCACCAUAGGAACAUCGCUACCUACUACGGAGCCUUCGUGAAGAAGAGUCCCCCCGGACACGACGACCAACUUUGGUUGGUGAUGGAGUUUUGCGGCGCUGGCUCCGUGACAGACUUGGUAAAGAACACAAAGGGUAACUCAUUGAAAGAAGACUGGAUUGCCUAUAUCUGCAGAGAGAUACUGAGAGGCCUGUCUCACCUCCAUGCACAUAAAGUCAUCCACAGAGACAUCAAAGGACAGAAUGUUCUGCUUACAGAGAACGCAGAGGUUAAACUUGUGGAUUUUGGGGUGAGUGCACAGCUGGAUCGGACAGUAGGCAGAAGAAACACUUUCAUCGGCACGCCGUACUGGAUGGCACCGGAGGUCAUUGCUUGCGAUGAGAAUCCAGACUCCACCUAUGAUUACAGGAGUGAUAUCUGGUCUCUGGGGAUCACUGCUAUAGAAAUGGCUGAAGGAGCUCCUCCGCUCUGCGACAUGCAUCCCAUGCGAGCCCUGUUCCUUAUCCCACGGAACCCUCCUCCUAAACUAAAGUCCAAGAAAUGGUCUAAGAAGUUUAUAGAUUUCAUCGAGGGCUGUCUGGUAAAGUCAUAUCCAAGUCGUCCAUCCACAGAACAACUACUAAAGCAUUCGUUCAUCAGAGACCAGCCCACAGAAAGGCAGGUCCGCAUCCAGCUCAAAGAUCACAUCGACCGCACUCGCAAAAAACGUGGUGAAAAGGAGGAGACCGAGUACGAGUACAGUGGUAGUGAUGAAGAGGAUGAGAACAGAGGGGACGAGAGAGAAUCCAGCUCCAUUUUAAACGUUCCGGGUGAGUCGACAUUGCGCAGGGAUUUCCUGCGGCUGCAGCAAGAGAAUAAGGAGCGCUCCGAGGCCUUAAAGAGACAGCAGGCGCAGCUCGCUGCUCAGCGCAGAGACCCCGAGGAGCACAAACGCCAGCUGCUGCACGACCGCCAGAAACGCAUAGAGGAGCAGAAAGAACAGAGGCGUCGCUUAGAGGAGCAACAGAGGAAGGAGAGAGAGAUGGUGCGGCAGCAACAGGAUAAAGCUCCUCACCGGAGACUCGAUGAUAUGAGGCGAGAGGAGGACAGGAGGAUGGCAGAGCGAGAGCAGGAGUUUAUAAGACAUAAGUUGGAGGAAGAACAGCGGCAGUUAGAGAUACUGCAGCAGCAAUUACUGCAGGAACAGGCAUUGCUGAUGGAGUACAAGCGUAAACAGCUGGAGGAGCAGAGGCAGUCAGAGAGACUUCAGAGACAGCUCCAGCAGGAGCAUGCUUACCUUGUCUCACUGCAACAACAGCAGCAACAAGACAAAAAGCCUCAGAUGUACCACUACAGCAAGAACCUGGAGAACAAUAAACCGGCCUGGGCUAGAGAAGUUGAGGAGCGCAGUAAAUUGAACAGACAGGGUUCUCCCAAAAUCUGCACUACAGUCUCAGACACCAACAUCCAAUCACGCUCUGAGUCCAUUAACCAAUCAGGAGCCGCACAGACUCCGCCCAUGCAGAGGCCUGUGGAACCACAGGGUGGACAGGGCAAGUUUCAGAUGGCCCACCUGGUGCCGUUAAAACCGUACGCCGCUCCUGUCCCUCGCUCUCAGUCUCUCUGCGAUCAGCCCACUAAGACAAUGUCCGCCUUCCCCACCCAGGAUCCCUCUCCCACACCCACACCUCGCCCACUUCACUCCAGAGAACUAGUCCGUCAAAACUCUGACCCCACCUCAGAGACCCCCGCCCCUCAAUCUCGGCCAAUGAGAGAUGACCGAGGGCCCUGGAUCCGUCUUCCAGAGAUUGAACAGCCUCCUAAAAUUCCACAGAGAACAGCCUCAAUAGCCACUGCAUUAAACACAAAUCUCUCAUCUGGUAUCAGACUCCCGGUUCGAGCAAGUAAUCCAGAUCUGAGUCGUAAUGAACGCUGGGAGAGAGGAGACAGCAUGAGUAUCAUGUCCAACCUCCCACAGACCGGCUCUCUAGAGAGACACCGUAUACUCAGUUCAUCUAAGAUGGAUUCCUCCCCCACCUUGUCCCAUGACGGUCGACACAAGCCAGGAGAAUCCCGAACCUCGUCCAGACCCAGCAGACCAGCGAGCUAUAAGAGAGCAAUAGGAGAGGAUCAUGGACUGUACUCAAAGGAGCGGGCAGAAGAACAGCCGAGGCCUCCAGUGAAGGCUAAUGACUACUCGUCCUCCUCAGAAAGCAGUGAGAGCAGUGAAGAGAGCGAGAGUGGAGAGGGAGCGGAGGAGGAAAGUCCGACUGACCGCCCUCGUGAUGCAGACUCUGACUCGGUGAACACUAUGGUGGUCCAUGAGGAGGAGGAGGGUGAAGGGGGAGAUGAAGAACGUGCUGGAGGUUACGGGGACCAAACCAUGCUUGUACAGAGGACUCCAGAAAAGCGGAGUCAUAAUGGAUACACUAACCUGCCCGAUGUGGUCCAGCCCUCCCACUCUCCCACAGACUCGGCCUCCCACUCUUCUCCUGGGAAAGACUCUAACUAUGAUUAUCAGUCCAGGGGAUUGGUGAAAGCUUCCGGAAAAUCCUCCUUUACUACCUUUGUGGACCUUGGAAUGUACCAGGCGCCAGGUGGUACUGGAGAUAACAUGUCUGUUGGAGGUCUGGGCUCUCGUUUUGAGCAGCUGAAAAUGGAGGUCAGGAAAGGAUCGAUGGUCAAUGUCAAUCCCACCAACACUCGCCCAGUUAGCGACACUCCUGAAAUCCGCAAAUACAAGAAAAGAUUCAACUCCGAGAUCCUCUGCGCUGCACUGUGGGGUGUGAAUCUGCUGGUGGGGACAGAAAACGGUCUGAAGCUGCUGGAUCGUAGUGGACAGGGUAAAGUGUAUCCACUGAUCAACUCGCGCAGAUUCCAGCAGAUGGACGUUCUGGAGGGACUGAACUUACUCAUCACUAUAUCAGGAAAGAAGAAUAAGGUGCGCGUGUAUUAUCUGGCAUGGUUGAGGAAUAAAAUCCUUCAUAAUGACCCAGAGGUGGAGAAGAAACAGGGCUGGACCACAGUAGGGGAAAUGGAGGGGUGUGUCCACUACAAAGUGGUGAAAUAUGAAAGGAUUAAGUUUUUGGUUAUCGCUCUGAAGAAUGCGGUAGAGGUGUACGCCUGGGCUCCCAAACCUUACCACAAAUUCAUGGCCUUUAAGUCUUUCGGGGACCUGCCACAUAGGCCUCUUUUGGUUGACCUCACAGUGGAAGAAGGUCAAAGGUUAAAGGUCAUUUAUGGGUCAAGUGCUGGCUUCCACGCCAUUGAUGUCGACUCUGGAAACAACUAUGACAUCUACAUUCCUGUGCAUAUCCAGUCACAGGUGACUUCUCACGCAAUCGUAUUCCUGCCUAAUUCAGACGGGAUGGAGAUGCUGUUGUGUUACGAGGACGAGGGCGUUUACGUCAACACGUAUGGCCGCAUCAUUAAAGAUGUGGUGCUGCAGUGGGGAGAAAUGCCCACAUCUGUGGCUCAUAUCUGCUCUAAUCAGAUUAUGGGCUGGGGAGAGAAAGCCAUCGAGAUCCGCUCGGUUGAGACGGGACACCUGGACGGAGUUUUCAUGCACAAGAGAGCUCAAAGGCUUAAGUUCCUGUGUGAAAGAAACGACAAGGUGUUUUUUGCAUCCAUCCGUUCUGGUGGCAGCAGUCAAGUCUACUUCAUGACCCUCAACAGAAACUGCAUUAUGAACUGGUGAACGUAGAUCCUGCUGUGCGCGCACAUAGGAACACUAAAGAGAUUCCAACACGCAACCAUUUCUUACACGCACACUCUGAAAAUACAAACACGCAAACCCGCACAAGACUACAGACCAACACACACAGUUACUCGUUCCACAUCUUCCAGAAGACACUCCUUCAUUCUCCUGUGAUUUCUGAGCCAACUGCACAAAGUGUGCGUGCGUGCAUCUGUGAGCACGCUGCUAACCUCUGGCAGAGCAAUGUUGUGUACAGCUACAGUAAUUCAUUUACACGGUUAGCUUUCAGCUCUCUGUAACAUCAUUCCUCUCCCAUUCUAUUUCUGACGUUUUUAGGACCCGACGAGAAGACUAAUUGUACAUUAUUACCGGAAAUGUGUGUAAACUAAGAGAAUCACAAAACUGUUGCGCGUGUUCUGACAUAGCAGCAACGUGUGUUUGUGAAACUUUAUAAGCUACGACGAGCAGCAGAAACAACUGGUGGUUUAAGGUGAUACUGCGACAUCUGUAAUUUUCCAUUUCCUCUGUAUAGUGUAGUAGCUGUUUGUUAUCGGUUACAAUUACAGUUUUGGAUAAAAGUGAUGUUUUCUUUUCAAUUAGUAGAUUAGAAUGUGAUUUCAAAUUCAAUAUGUUUCGUUUUCCUUCUGAGAGAGGGAAAGGGAAGGGUUUCUUGACGUAUAAACAAUAAUUUGUCGCCGUUAAAAAUGUUUAAACCGUCCGAAGGUGGCGGCUUAGCGUGCGUUUCGCUUUUCCACUAGUCUGCUGGUAAAACCAAGUCACGGUUUCGCUUUUCAAAGCACUUUUUUUCUUUCAGUGUGGAAAGUAUCAUCAUAUUACAGUUUGAUAUUCUCUGUACGUAAACGUAUUUGGUAUAUGACACCUACUUUUAUUAUCUGCUGUUCUAUAGCUGUUCUAUUGCAAUACGUGCUGUGUGCUCGUUCUCGUACGAAGUUUUACGAAGGAGUCCCUCUUCGGUUAUUCUGAUUCUAGGAGCAGAAAGAUACGUUUCUCUGGAUAUGAUUGAUUUUGGCAGCAUAAAUGUAUAGAUCAGUUGACACGAUGUAAAUUGUACAUAGCGGCCACGAUCGUAUUUAGAUCUUGUUUGUAUUCACUAGGCACAUGUUUUUUUUUAGGAGUGAAAUCACUUCAUUAUACGAUGUUAGCGUUUUUUUCCUCGCACUUAUUUCUGGUCUUGUGUUUAUGCUGUCAAAAUUGCUUGAUGUUGUAAAUGUCGUUUUUUUAUUAGGCAGGUUUGCGGUUCUGGAUUGUAUCAGGGAUGUGCAUUCAAUCAGACUUUUUCUGCAAGAAACUUUUGGACCCCGACAUAUUUUAGAUGACUUGGGCAUGAAUCUGAGCAAGAAUAUCAUUUGUUCUCCGACUGUGUGUGUCAAGAGAAGCGUGUGUGCACAAGUGUGUGUGUAUCAAUGGGAAAUAUUGAUCAGUAACAUACAGGAGGAUCAGUAUCAAGCAAUAGUUUAGGGAUUAGUGAUGGGUUUAUGCCUUGUUACACGUUAUUUUCGAGCUUUUCACUCAUUUCCAUGCGGAUAAUCGACAGCAUAUUGCCUGCACACUGGUCUAAUAUAACGUCUUCAGAAUAAGGUCUUUAUUUUGUCCCAGCUUUUAAAAGAUAGUAUUAUAGAUAUUCCGAAAACGCUGCCUUUUACAAAGCCGAUAUGAGCUUGUAAUUACAAACAUAACUUCAUGAUGCACUUUGGUCCUUCUUGAAUAUUUUUCUAGUUAAGAAUUAAAAAAUUGUACAGUACCGUGUGGGAGUACAAUCAUGAUCAGUGAUCAAAUAAGCCCCUCCCCCUUUCUGCUGCCACAAAGUGACACUUGUCUAGACAAGUAGUGAUGACGCAGUCAGUCAUUAAAAACGAACUCGUGAGCAAAACACAUCAGACAAAAAAAUUAUAAAUAAAGUUGCAUUUAAGUAAGAAUCAGGAAAAAAAAUCUAGAUGUCUUAUCUAGAUUCUGCUGUGCCAUUAUGACAAAUUCUCCCUCUUCAAAUCUUUUCGUUCCUCUUUACUUUCGCUAUAGGAUUUGUAUGUAAAUCAAACUGCCAUGUUUACUGAAAUACCAGUGCCUUGGAUUGGGUAUAUUUGCUAGAUCGUGUGUACGUGAACGAUGAGCAAGUGAUUGUUUCAAUAAGAAUAGAUGUUCAGGGAAGUUACCGAGAUUUUAAAAGAAAGCUAGUCCGUCGUUCAUUUAGGGGUCUCGUGCCAACGAAGUGCACUUAAACUGACAAUAGCCAGAGCACCAAGACAGGCUCCUCUCUUGCCCCGUUUUAGCACAAAGCCAUAAAGAGUUUCUACGAAUGAUUUAGACAUCAAGAUUACAGCAACAGCUGCCCGUUUAUUUAACGACUAAAAAUAGCCCAACAGGUAAAUGAAAGAAGCUCUUCGUUCUUGAGUGGAUGACCGAUGUGAAGCUUCCAGUUGGCUGUAUAAUUUCGCCAAAGAGGGAAAGCCUCAGGUUGUCAUGCAGGAGGUUCAGGAAAGGUUCGGGUUGUCAUGGCAAGGACCGUGAUUUAACAGUCUCCGGCAUUCCAAAGAGCUCUUGGAAUCUGGUGAGAUUUUUGAUGUUUAUGGUUUUUAUAUCAGAAUUAUGAUCAAAUAUACUAGAGAGGAUAUAUAGUUUAUAGCAUCAUAUUAUAUGGAAGAGUUUAUAGAAGCAGGAGAGAAUGGGAAAAACACAGUAAAUAAUAUUUAACCCAACAAUUGUUUUUUGUUGUUGUACCAAAAUAUAUUUGUGAGAUUACAUACAGAAGAAUUGAAUAAACACAAUGCUAUAAAUAGAACUCAAUAACUGACUGCGUUUAUGUAUAUCAUAACAUGCUUCUUUUUGAAUAUUAAUCCUAACACAACGCUUCUUGUCGUUUCGAAGUCAACGCUGUACAUACGCUGUACAUUCAGACUCAUCUCCCUCCCCUCUCUUUCCCUGCGAGCGUUAUAAAAGAGCGUGUCGUGUGGGUGUGCGAAUGUGCAUGUGUGAAUAGGAGAGCUAUUUUUGGUGUGAGUUUGUGCCGUUCAUUAUUCCCUCCGAGGAAAGAGAGCGGGGGAGAAAGAAAAGACCAGUUAAAAGCUAUUGUGGACCAGUAUGGCCAAACGUACACACGAAUUAUCACAGGAUUCAAGCCACAGAUGUGACUCAUGUCAGAUUUGUAAAGGCACCAAUGACCAAAUGUAAUAUUUAGACUUUCUCCUGAUCUCCCAGUAUUUAAAGGAGCUUGUGUUUCACAAAUGGUCAUGAAAUCCACCUGCUUGUUAAUAUUCAUUAAUAGGAGCAUUUUAAAACGCUAGACCAGGUCACGUAGCGGGUUUAAGAGAAGUGGAGCUGUCUGGUUUCGCAAGGCCUUUAUCUGCUGUGUUUGAGGUAUUUAUCUACUCGACAUGCUAUUAGCACUAUGCUAACAUGUGUCAUUUCUCUAGCUGUUCUCUAGUAACACGAAGUUAAUCCCUUAGCUGGUUUUGUAAAAUAUUUACUACUACAAAGAAUAAAAAACUCCAUUAUUUUGUUUUCAUUCUUUGGUUUAACAGCAGUAGCCAGGAGAGGUUAAAGGUCGAUUUGGAGGUCUUGAUAAAGUUGAUCCUCUGUGAUGGGUUCAUUAUCGCUCUGUUGUUAUACUUUUCAGAAGUUGUUUGUUUGAGAAGUGCUAGAUGUUUCAGACUUAUUUUUAGUGUUUAUGUUAAGGAGAGGGAAUGCUUCAGAUGAUUUAAUGAUCAGUCUCAACGACUGAAUGCAUUCACACGUCUGUAAUGUCUGAAUACAACAUUAUUUGACUAUUAAAAUAACUUGAUCUCUGUUCAAA